AGUACAUUAAACUAUUUACCCGUACUUUUUCUUGCAGUAUUUCCCAGAUUUUACCCAGGGAAAACUAGCAAGACUAAUUUGCAAUUUUUAUUUACGUCAGUUGAUUUGCCUGGGGGGGUGUUGGUAGUCAAACGGAAAACUAAAACAGAACUUGGUCCAUGUGACGACAUCUAGCCACUUGCUGGAGGGAAGGCAUUUUUUUUUUGUACAUUUGUUUAGCAGUUGCAACCGGGAAAUAAAAAGUGUUUAUCCGUGUCAUUUUCUAUGCAAAGAACACUUGAACACCGUGAUUUCUUUCUUCUUCCACUAAGGGAAGCAUUAAACAACUUGAAGUCUGCAUUCUCGCUUUCUUCUUAAUUCAGGCUUAGAGGGCAGAACGUUACUAACAAGUGACUCUGAUAAGAUACUGUUCCGAUCAGUUCUAGUAGAGGAUAGUUAUAGUAAUAAAAAAAAGAAAGAAAAAGAAGAAAAAAAGAAAAUUGCUGCACUAAAAGAGUCUUCGUCUUUGAGAUACACUGAUAUACAAUUUUAAGGAAAAAAUGUAUGUAUAGAAAAGUACAUGCAUAAAGAAAAAUAAUUAAACAUACACUGAAAAAGGUGAAGCAUUAUAAAACACGAAUAAUAAUUAACUGGGGUUGAGGCUUGAGUGAAUACAGGAAUGGGGUCAGUCACAUCUGCGUUGACCAAGUCUAAGAACACGGUGGUUCAAGUCAAAUCGGAACCAGAAACGCUUCGGAGGAAGAAACGGAGUACCAUAAGCCGAACAAACGUGUGUUCUUCACAAAGAUCCCGACAGAGUACUGGCAAAGAUCGCAGAAGACAAUCGCUAUCCGAGGUACUGAAAAGGCAGGACAGUACAGACGGUUCUGAAGGCAGGAAAUCAGCUCUACAAAGCGGCACCGCUGUUGCAAAUGAAACAGGAGAAACAAAUGCACGACCCCUUGCCAGAUUUACACGUUCCAAGUCCCAAAAUACUCUGUGGAAUGCCAUCACUGCAGGGAUCGGGAUCAAGGACAAAGAGAAGAGGGGGAUUGUCAUUGAUCCCCGAAACCCAGAAGAAAUCCUUGCAGAUGAGCUUCCCUCUGUGGACAGUGCAGAUGCCAUGGAGAAGACGGCUAUCAGGUUACGGUGUUUGGUGAAGCAGUUGGAACGAGGAGAAGCUUCAGUUGUAGACCUUAAGAAGAACUUGGAGUAUGCAGCUUCAGUACUUGAGUCCGUAUACAUCGAGGAGACCAGACGCCUUGUGGAUGCAGAAGAUGAGCUCAGUGAUAUCCAGUCUGACUCUGUGCCAUCAGAGGUGCGAGAUUGGCUUGCUUCCACUUUUACCAGACAAAUGGGGUUGAUGCUCAAGAGAACGGAGGAGAAGCCAAGAUUCAGAAGCAUUGUUCAUGCUGUUCAGGCUGGAAUAUUUGUAGAAAGAAUGUACAGACGGACAUCAAACAUGGUUGGACUAAGCUACCCGCCAUCUGUGAUUGCAGUGCUAAAGAAUGUAGACAAGUGGUCUUUUGAUGUAUUUGCACUAAAUGAUGCAAGUGGAGAACAUGCACUAAAGUUCAUUUUUUAUGAACUUCUCACAAGAUAUGACUUAAUCAACCGUUUUAAGAUUCCCAUUUCUGCUCUUGUAUCCUUUGUUGAAGCCCUUGAAGUUGGAUACAGUAAGCAUAAAAAUCCAUAUCACAAUCUUAUGCAUGCGGCAGAUGUUACCCAGACCGUGCAUUACCUCCUAUUAAAGACUGGAAUGGUGCACUGGCUGACUGAGCUUGAGAUCUUAGCUAUGAUUUUUGCUGCUGCUGUCCAUGACUAUGAACACACUGGGACUACAAACAACUUUCAUAUUCAGACCAGAUCAGACUCAGCUAUUCUAUAUAAUGACAGAGCGGUGCUAGAAAAUCACCAUGUAAGUGCAGCUUACCGCCUCCUGCAGGAUGACGAGGAGAUGAACAUCUUCUAUAAUCUAUCAAAGGAUGACUGGAGAGAACUGAGGGCUCUCGUGGUGGAGAUGGUCCUGGCUACAGACAUGUCCUGUCACUUUCAGCAAAUCAAGGCAAUGAAGAACUCCUUACAGCAACCUGAAGGGAUUGACAAGCCUAAAGCCUUAUCUCUGUUGUUACACACUGCUGAUAUCAGUCACCCUGCGAAAAACUGGGACCUCCAUCAUCGCUGGACCAUGUCACUGCUUGAGGAGUUCUUUAGACAGGGAGAUAAAGAAGCAGAACUUGGGCUACCCUUCUCCCCUCUUUGUGAUAGAAAGUCCACCAUGGUGGCUCAGUCUCAAAUAGGUUUCAUUGAUUUUAUUGUGGAACCCACAUUCACUGUGCUUACUGACAUGACUGAGAAGGCUGUCACCCCUCUCAUUGAUGAAGCCUCUCGCUCUGGCCUUGCAGGAUUCCGACGUUCCAGUUUGAACAGUAUUACCCCUUCAGAUGUUAAAAGAACCAGUGUGAAAAACCCUGGGUCAGAAGGAAGUGCCUCACUUAACUGCUCCCUACUCACUGUGGAUUUCAAAAACUUUAAAGCCAGCUGGUAUGAAACUGUGCAACAGAACAGAGAGAAAUGGAAGACACAGGCAACCAAAGAUGCAGAAGAGAAAGCUAGAAGAGAGGCAGAGGAGAAAGUCCGACAGGAGGCAGAAGAGAAGGAAGAAAAAGAUAAAGCUGGGAUAGGGCUGCAGGAACAGGGACCAGAACAAAGCACUGAAAAGAGUGCUGAUGAUUCAGAGAAAAGUAAUGUUAAUGACACUCAAGGACACUGCACUUCAACCCAUUCAGAACCCAAGGAGAAAGAAAGUGACGUGGUAACAGACAAAGAAGCAGAAAACACAAGUUCACAAGUUCAAAAUGGGGAAAUGAAAGAUGAAAGUAACUCAUCUGAACAGGAUCAGUCAAAUGAAGAAAAUGAAAAAAAGAACACAGAUGAUUCCGAAGAGGAGAAGAAGAAUGAUUUUGAUUCUGAUGCUUCUGCUUCUGCUGAUGCAAACUAACCCCACCCUUUCAGCUGAGGCUCUCCAUUCUUCAACAAGAACUGCUUUCCAGGGAAGGGCUUUGUACAGUGAUCCAGUGCUCUUCCCACAGGACACUUUUUUUCUUUGUUUUCCAUUUCCUAAUCCAAUGACUGAGCUUUUUGCACAGACACAGAGAAUUUUGACUCAUUACCGCUUCCUAAAAACUGUGGAACUACAGAUCUGCACGAGAACUGACCAGUCUAACUCUUUCUCACACAGCGCUCAAUUGCAAAGUAAUCCAAACCCUGGCCCAUGCAUACUUAGGUAACCCUUCACAUGUAGAAAGAUCCCUGGACCAGGAACAAAGGCAGGAGCAACACAGCUAUUGUCCAUGUGAGAAGCACUUAGAACAAUCCCUUGAAAUAAGAAAGAUGUGGAAUCCUCCAGUAGAAUUGGCACGAAGACUGUUUUGAACACUGAUGUGAAAUUGAGCAAUGCAGUCAUAAAAUAAUUAAGGGUUAGUGUUAGGUUGCUUCACCAGACACUUGAAAUGAUCAACACCUGAUGAGAGAAUAGGGUAUAUUUAGAUCUGAUCAAAACAAAGGAUAAUGAAGUUACAGCAUCUUAAGCCAUUUUGUGGAAUACACUCCAUGUAAUGAAUGCAUUGGCUCAGUAGAGAAGAGUCUUUUAAAAAAAGAUUUCAUUGAGUUAUUUUUAACAUCCCCAGAAAUUGGGGGGGGGGUAUUGUGUUCACUAAAGGGUAUGAUGAGCUAUCUAAAACAUAAAGGCAAGCUAAAAGAAAAAUCAAGAAAUUCAUAUAAACUAAAACUGGAAGAAAAUCCACUCACUGCCCGUAUACAGGUGCAUUCUGGCCUGCUACCAAAUCUUGCAAAAAGUGGAAAGGUUUUCUUUCAGGAAAUAAGUAUCAGUCUGCUUCUAUGCUGCCAUGUAUGUUCAUCUUUAUUGCUGGCCAAUACAUUUUUAGGCAUGGCUAUGCUUAUCAAGAAUAUUAAUUACAUUUCUAGUAAAAUGGCUUAGGAGUGUGGCAGAAGAGAGAGGGAGAAAUCAGGGCUAAAAGAAAGCACUUUAACCAGUAGAACAAGGAAGAAAGGUUUUUGUAGUCAAAAGUUUACAUACCCCAAUGGAAAUGUACAAUUUCUAGAAAUUUCUCGAAAGCAAAACAUUUUAGGAAAAAUCUUUUGUAGCAAAAGUUUUGCUUUUGUGGAUGAGGAAAAAAGGUUACAAUAAAUAAUGUCUACAAUUAUUUAUUUCAGCUUUUUUUUUUGCAAAACUCCAAAAAUUCAAAUUCAAAAGUAAUCAUACCCUUUGAUGCUAUGAUAGUAAUGUCUACAAAGUGCUAGAAAUUUCAAUAUGAUAAUGCAGAACCAAAUUCUAGAAAAGUGAAGAAAAUGCUGGAUUGUAGGUGAACAUUCUUAGAGUAUAAAAGGGUUAGGCAUAGGAUGAUUGCUGUCAUUACCAAUAAGUCAAUAUGGGAAAAAGUAAAGAGCUAUCUGAAGACCUUAGGCAGAAAAUUAUUUAUUGUCAAAGCUGGAGAAGGAUACAAGAAGAUUUCCAAGCAUUUGAGUAUUCCUAUUUCAGCUACUGUUUCUAUUAUCAAGAAGUACAAGACUCAUGGUACUCUCACAAUGCUCCCUCAGUCUGGAAGAAAGAAUGUUUUUUCAACAAGAACAAGUAGACACAUUGUGAGGAAGGUUAAUAACAAUCAGAGAUUGACUGCUAAAGAAAUUCAAGUGAAUUGACUGCAAGUGGGACUGGGGUUUCCAUUUCAACCACAGGUCAAGUAUUGCAUGGUGAAAGUCUCAAUGGUCGCAGGCCAAGGAAAAAGCCACUCUUAGACAAUCGCUUAAAGUUUGUAAAACAGCAUUUGAAUGAUGUAUAUGAGUUCUGGUCAAAGGUUUUGUGGAGUGAUAAAUUAAAAAUCGAGCUACUUGGUCACACUGAUAAGUGGUUACGUUUGGAGAAAGUUUGAUGAGGCGCACAAAGAAAAGAACACCAUACCUACUGUCAAGCAAUGAGGUGGUAAUAACUGGAACAAUUUUGUGCUGAAGAAUGGUCAAAAAUCACUAAAGACUCAUGCCAAAAGCUCAUUGACAAAUAUCCUAAUCGUUUAAAAGAGGUUAUUGUUGCUAAAGGUGCUUCAUAGCUAUUAAUUUCAUUUUCCUUGUCAGGGUAUGAAUACUUUUGAAUUAGCAUUUUUUGGAGUUUUGCAAAAAAAGUGCUGAAAUAAAUAACUUGUAACUUUUUUUCCUCAUCCACAAAAGCAAAACUUUUAGUACAAAAGAUUUUUCUUUUAAUUCUUUGUUUUCGAGAAAUUUCAAGAAAUUAUACAUUUUCAU